AAAGCUGAGCUCAUCGCUGCACUGACAACAUCACAUACCAAUCACAGCUGAGGGAGGUGCAUCGCUGUUUAAAAGAGAGUUCAUUUGACAAAUAAAAGACAUUUCCGCCUGACUCCGGAUCAGCGAGCACUCCAGGACGCUUGACACUCAAGCUCAAUAACAUUCAUCAACGACCACAAUGAAGAGCCUGAUUCAGACCAUCGUUUUUGUCGUUGCUGUGCUGAAGGGACUAAAUGGAGCUGAGGUGGUCAUGUAUGCUCAGGUUGGAGAACCUAUAACUCUUUCGCCCACACGGACGCCUACAGGUUUGUAUAUAUACUGGUACUAUCAUGACGUGAAUGGCCCUCUGCUUGCCUGGAUCAACCCGAUGGGUGGACAGGAUCGUAAUAAAGAGGAUCCCUGGAAAGACAAGUUGUCCCUCUAUGGUGAUUCACUCCGCAUCAAUGGUGUCCAGGAGAAUCACUUCGACACUUUUUUUUGUGUGAUGAAAAAAACCAAAAGUCAGGUGGAACACACAGACACAUACAAAGUCAUCAAACUCGAUGUGGGUGUGAGUCCAUCCCUGCCUCUGCUGCCCGGGAGUAAAGCAACACUGACAUGCAAGGUGGAUCAUCAAGGUCUUGAGAAACCCAUCUUAGAGGUGAUAACUCCCAAGGGCCAGAAAGAGAGGGUUAUUAAUGGAAAGGUUGAAAUAACAGUCGAGGCUGAACACAGUGGAACGUGGGCUUGUGUUGUGAAAAAUGAUAAAGGGGAACAACGCAAGAAUGUCGAAGUUCCUGUUAAAGUUGUGGGCUUCUCCCCUGCUCCCAAACGUCUGUAUACAUCUACGUCCUCUCCCCUCACCAUCCCGUGUUCCGUCCCUUCUGACAUCCCCUGGGAACAAAUAAAACCGCUCAUCAGGGAUGUUCACUGGCACUUCAUCCCUAAAGGAUCCACAAGUCUGGGGCAACAGAUGCUCCUCUCCCUCUCACCUAAAAAAUCCUCAGACUGGAUCCCACACCAGAACAGAGGACUCAGUGCCGAUGAAGGAAACGCACAAGGAAAUUUUUCUAUAUCCAGAAAUAAGGGGAGAGAAGAUGAUAUCGGUGAAUACAAAUGCUCCAUGACUUUUGACAAUGAAAAGACUCUUAGCAGUACCAUACAAGUGGAUGUAUUGCAAAUCAUCCCCUCUCCGGGAACAGAAGUCGUUUCUGGUAAGCAACUCAACGUGAGCUGUACCACCGGUGAACCGCUCCCCGACAAUAUGCGGCUGAAAAUCGUCCCACCUCGCACGCUGUCCCCGUCAAACACCGACUCCUCUCUACGCAUCCCAAAAGUGGGCAAGGAGGCUGGUGGAAAGUGGAAGUGUGAGCUGUGGCAGAACAAAGCCCUGCUGACAUCAGCUGUGACAACCCUGAAGAUCGAACCUCUCCUGAGUGUGUGGAUGCUGGUGAUCAUAUGCAGCGCUGCAGUCAUCUUAUUGCUCCUCUGUGUCCUCACUUUCAUCCUCUGCCGACGGCGACAAAAGAGAAGAUACCUUAGGCACCAACUCUGCCGAUGCAAAAACCCCAAGCCCAGAGGAUUCUACAGAACAUGAUGUGUCCCAGAGUGACAUCCAUUCAAGCACAUGGCAGCCAGGUGAAUUGCUGUCCCGAUAAGGUGGUCUUUAUCCACUGAACUGUGCACCUCUGUUUCAAAGGACAAUUCUGGAUGAGAGUCUGAAAGAUGAAAAAGUAUCCAACUGUAUUGUUUUGUAUAAAAUUGUUGAGCUAUCAGAUGAACCUGUCAUAUUUUGUUUUGCAGCUGUACAUAGACGAUUUGGAUGGGUUUUACAUGCAGUUUCAUGUUUUAGUUUAAAUCAAAAGCUGAUUUUAACCCUAUAUUCAAUUUAACUCAGAUCAGGGAUGACAAUUUGUUGUAUUUCUUCUUACAGUUUGUCGUAAUGGGUAUAAAAAAUAGGUUUGUUUUUAUGUUGCUGAGAUAAACAACGCAUAAUCUUUUUAUAUCUAUAAAUAUACCUUAAUGAUGGCUUGUUUUGAGUGUUACUCAUUUUUUAGUGGAUCAUCAUAAGUGCUCACUUUGUGAUGACAUAGAAGCUGGCCCCUCUUUCAAACCUUUCAUGUUUGGAUGCAUCAGAUCAGAGGACAGUUUUUCUACUUCCCCUCAAUCGAUCUCAAAUGCACUCUGGCCCAGAAAAUGCAUCAGAAUAACUGGACAUUCAUAUAUUGUUAUUUCCCAUCUUUUCAAAUGUUUUUCUUGAAAUGUAUAUUAAGCGUGCAACAAUCACACUGCAUGCAUAAUAAUGAUGUUUUCUGGUUUCUGUGAUUGUGUGAUUUCAUUUGAUUUAUGUUAUUUUACUGGCUUAAUUUCCUGUCACACCAUUUAUAUACACAUAUCUACAUGUUCAUACAUACAUACAUAAAUAUAUAUAUGUGUGUGUGUGUGUGUGUGUGUGUGUGUGUGUGUAUGUUUCUGUGUAUAUUUAU